GGAGAAGGCUAGUAGAGCAGAGCCGCCGCUGCAGAGACCAGCGACAUGGGGAGAAUUGCACAGCACGCCCUCCUGGCCUUGGUCUGCCUAGCAGCAGCGGUUUGCAUGGCUGAGGAUGGGUCAGAAGCAGAAAGUAAUUCAAAGUGCUGUGGGAUUCGUGGACCCCCUGGAUUUCGUGGGAUUCCAGGACUCCCUGGGCCUCCAGGAUUUCCAGGAAUCCCAGGACUCCCAGGGCUAAAAGGAGACACAGGAGAUCUUGGCUUCCCCGGACGACCAGGUGCAGUAGGACCCAGGGGAAUGCCUGGAUUGCCAGGGAUGAAAGGAGAAAAAGGUGACACAGGCCUCCUUCAACUGACAGGCAAGGAGAUGAUGGAUGGCGUCCUGUGUGAGAAUGGCACGAAGAACUGCAAGGAGCUGUUAGCCAGAGGGAAGGUUUUGAGUGGCUGGUACACCAUCUACCCCAAAGACUGUGCUGCCCUGAUGGUGUUUUGUGACAUGGAUACAGACGGCGGCGGAUGGAUUGUGUUCCAGAAACGGGUGGACGGGUCGGUGGAUUUCCAGCGUGACUGGGAUUCAUACAAGAGAGGGUUUGGUAACCGGCUGACGGAAUUUUGGUUGGGAAAUGACAAUAUCCACCUGCUGACAUCACUUGGAAAAAAUGAGCUGCGCAUUGACCUCAGAGACUUUGAAAAUAAGAAAUAUUUUGCCAAGUACGAGUCGUUCCAAAUUUCCGGAGAGGCUGAGAACUACAAGCUGGCCCUUGGGGAUAUGGUCGGGGGGGAUGCAGGGGAUUCAUUGGCCUACCACAAGGACAUGAAGUUUUCAGCCACAGACCGUGACAAUGAUCUGAAUCCAGAUAACUGUGCAAGCACCUUCCAUGGAGCCUGGUGGUUCAGAACCUGCCACGAGGCCCACCUGAACGGGGAGUACUUGCAGGGAGCUCAUGAUCGCGCUGAUCAUGGUGUGCUCUGGAAGAAGGGCCUGGGGAACCAAUAUUCCUACAAGCUCUCCGAAAUGAAAUUCAGGCCUGUUUCCUAGCAUGGCUGUGCGCACUCCCCUCCCAAAGGCCGUUCUGCAGCAAGCACCAGCUGCCUUUGGCUGAAGGAAGCAUCUUUUCUGCUUGCAAAAGCUUGUCUGAGUGGGAGUUCUGAUCUGUAGCUCCAGUGUCUCCCUUUUCUAGACCCAGCAGCACCAUCUCCUCCAAAAUGGGAGUGGGGAAGCUUCAACCCCUCCCUCCCUAAUGGGUGCGGGAAGCUCAGGGCAGGGGCAGUCCUGG